GAGUUCACCCGUUCUCACAGCAGUUCAAAGACAGCAACUGUAUCUAACGGAUAUGCAUCUUUGUUCAGGAAAUAAAAACAGAAAGUACAGCGCUGUAAAAGCCAGUGAUCUUUAAACAUCAUUUGCGCAUAAUUUUCUGCAAAGAAAAUAAUGGCAGAAAAAAGUUUCAUCCAGGACAGUUUAAAAAAGAAACUGGAUCAGCUGGAGUGCCACUUCACAUGGGACAUUAAAAAAGACGAUCUAGACUUCACGAAUCUCCGCAACAGACUUGAGGAACAAGACAAGCUGGAUCUAGGAAGUGAGGAAGGAGCUGCACGAGCACAGUGCUCAAUGGGAUAUCUGAAAUUCCUUCUUGACUGCAAAGAAGAAGCCCUUACUCACAUGUCGAGAUCAGAGGCACUCAUCAAAGAAAACUUUGCAGACAACAAUGACAGGGCUCUUAUUGUGACCUAUGGAAAUUUUGCCUGGAUAAACUACUACAUGGAGAACUACACUGAGUGCGAAUGUUACCUAAAGAAGCUUCAAAACAUGUAUGAAACAUUUCCAGUUGAAUCUUCAUCUGUUCCAGAGGUACUUGGGGAGAAAGGAUGGACUUAUCUUAAAUUCUCUCGUAAAUAUUAUGACAAGGCAGUAGAAGUUUUCCAGAAAGCUGUGGAACUGGAUCCAACAAAUAGUGAGUGGAAUGCUGGUUAUGCCAUCGCUCUGUAUCGCACUGAAACUAGUCAGCCUACUAUAGAUUCACCUGUGAUCAAACAGCUGAGACAGGCCAUUGACCUGAAUCCAGAUGAUGAUGUUCUGAGAGUCCUUCUAGGAUUUAAACUUUUGAAUUUUUCUAAGGAAUUGAUGAAUGAGUCUGAGAAAUUGAUUGAGACAGCUUUGAAUCAGUCCCCAGAACAUCCACAUGUCAUGAGAUACGUUGGAAUGUUCCUUAGGGAUCAGGGAUCUGUAGACGGUUCUAUUGCACUUCUGAAGAAAGCACUUGAAAGAUCACCACGCUCGAGCUUUAUAUGUCAUCAGUUAGCAACAUGCUACGAGAAGAAAAAAAUUAACUUAUUUACAGAAAAUUGUUACAAAGCUGGAGAUCAUGCUCGAAAUCAAAGUAUAUACUAUUUAGAAGUAGCAACUUCCCUAAAACCUUCAUUUAUCGUUGCAAUGUGUCAGCUCGGACUUCAAUACGGAGAGAGACAUGAACUGCAUAAGGCAGAGGAACAGUUUGACAAAGCAUUUGAGACAGCAAAAGAUAAAAAUGAGCAUCUGCAGUCAGUCCAUUUUUAUUAUGCCGAGUUCCAGCAAUACAGUAAAAGACAAGAGGAUUUAGCUAUUAAGCAUUACAAGGAGUGCUUGACAAUGAAUCCAGAUAGUAGUGAGGGGAAAAGAAGUGCAAAGAAAUUGAUGAAAAUUGCCAACAAACAUCUUAAAGAAAAUCCAAGUGAUUGGAAAGCCAAUGAAAUACUUGGAUUACUUUAUCAAAUGAAGGGUGAAAUGUUCGGGGACACCAAGAGCUAUGCAGGAACAGGAGAUGAAGGGAACGAUGAAUGCCUCCACAAUCUUUUAGAGAUCAACUGCAAAAUAGAAACUUUGUACAAGGAUGCAUAAUUCAUUUUGAAAUAGGACCUUUGGGUUAGAGUGUACAGAAAACACACAAGUUUGUUAACAUUCAUUACACUUUAUCUGUAAGAAAUGAAGCACUCAGUCACGUUUGCAUUAUUUUGUAAAUUGAUUUCAACAAACUUGAUUAAAAUAACGAUUUAGCAGAAAACGGCAUGUUUU